AUGGAUAAUGUAAUACUGGCUCAAUACAUGGUUCUUGUUCAGGAGCAACAUGAUAUUGACUAUCAGCUUGUUUUAAGUGUGCUUAGACAAAGGAGAAGGGCCAGGCGGAGACGAUGUUGGGUGAGGCCAUGGCUAGGGGAAGUACGGAGAGAACUGUUUGGCCACUACAGCCGUCUUGUACCUGAGCUUAGGCUGGAAGAUCCUGCCUCAUUCCACAACUUCUUUCGUCUCCCACCACAAAUGUUUGAUGAACUGUUGUCUAGACUUCGCCCACAUAUCACAAAGCAGGAUACGCGCUGGAGGAAAGCUAUCGAUCCGGGGACAAAGCUGGCAGUAACUCUGCGUCAUCUGGCUUCUGGCGACCUUUACGCUAGCAUGAAGUUUGACUUCCGGCUGCCGGAUAAUACGAUAUCUGUCAUUGUUAAGGAAGUCUGUCAAGCCAUUGUAGACGUGUUCAAGGACGAAGUAAUGAAGUGUCCCACCACUCCUGAAGAAUGGACAGAAGUGGCACAAGGCUUCGAGCGUCGGUGGAACGUCCCUCAUGCAUGUGGUGCGCUAGAUGGGAAACAUGUAGCCAUAAGAAAGCCGCCUGACAGUGGAAGCCUGUAUCAUAACUACAAGGGGUUCUUUUCCAUUGUGUUAAUGGCGCUAGUAGAUGCCGACUACAAAUUCUUGUGGAUAGAUGUUGGAGGAGACGGCUACAUGUCUGAUGCCAUGAUCUACAAUAACUCAGAACUUCGGGAGUGCCUCUCAAAUGGGUCAAUAGGUUUUCCCCCACCUGAACCCCUACCACAUGAUGACCAGGACAUGCCAUAUUUCCUCCUUGGUGACGAUGCAUUUGGUCUUCGGACAUACAUGAUGAAGCCAUUUGCAGCGCGGAACCUGACAAAAGAACAGAGAAUAUACAACUACCGUAUUUCCCGUGGACGAAGAGUAGUUGAGAAUGCCUUUGGUAUUUUAUCCCAGCGUUGGCAAGUUUUGUUAGGGACUAUGCAGCAGCAACCAGAGACCGCACGACUGAUUGUUGAAGCCUGUGUCUGCCUCCACAAUCUGAUGAGGAUGAAUUAUCCAACCCAGAACAUCGCCGCCCUUGACCACGAAGAUGCAAAUCAUGACAUUAUCCCUGGUUCGUGGCGCAGCGACGCGAGUAUGCUGGACGUGGAACGAUGUGGAGGAACAAACAAGGACACCGUUGCAGCGAAGAAGCAACGUGAAUAUUUGAAGUUGUACUUCAACUCGGUCGCUGGAUCAGUUCCCUGGCAGGACAGGAUGAUAUAA